AUGAGGACUUAUCAUUGCCUACCAUUAUUCAUCUGGAUGUAUCUGUUCCAUGCAGUUGACACCAUCCCAUUCCAAGACAAGGCUAACAGUCAUUUACCAAGCCAAAGGAUAGUAGGUCUGACAAAAGAUGCUGAUAAAAUGUUGCGUCGCACCAAGCGUGGGUGGAUGUGGAAUCAGUUCUUCUUGUUGGAAGAGUACACUGGUACAGACACACAAUAUGUAGGCAAGCUUCACACUGACCAAGAUAAUGGAGAUGGAAAUUUAAAAUACAUAUUAACAGGAGAUGGGGCUGGCAGUCUGUUCAUUAUAGAUGAAAAUACAGGAGACAUUCAUGCUGCAAAGAAAUUAGACAGAGAAGAAAAAUCCUUGUACAUUCUCCGUGCCAAGGCAAUAGACAGAAAAACUGGGCGGCAGGUGGAGCCAGAAUCUGAAUUUAUCAUUAAAAUCCAUGAUAUCAAUGACAAUGAACCAAAAUUCACAAAAGACUUAUAUACUGCCAGUGUUCCUGAAAUGUCUGGAAUUGGCACAUCUGUUAUACAAGUGACUGCAACGGAUGCAGAUGACGCCAACUACGGAAAUAGUGCCAAAGUGGUCUACAGCAUAUUGCAAGGGCAACCAUAUUUUUCAGUGGACCCAGAAUCAGGCGUAAUAAAAACUGCAUUACCAGAUAUGAGCAGAGAGAAUCGGGAGCAGUACCAGGUGGUUAUACAGGCCAAAGACAUGGGUGGCCAGAUGGGAGGCCUUUCUGGAACUACCACAGUGAAUAUCACCCUGACGGAUGUGAACAACAAUCCUCCUCGUUUUCCCCAGAGUACAUAUCAGUUUCAUUCUCCUGAGUCUGCCCCUCCCGGAACCCAUCUUGGAAGGAUAAAAGCCAAUGACCCUGACGUGGGAGAAAAUGCUGAGGUGGAAUAUAGCAUAGCUGAAGGAGAAGGAGCAGACAUGUUUGAUGUCAUCACUGACAAGGAUACACAGGAAGGGAUUAUAACUGUCAAACAGAAUUUAGAUUUUGAAAAAAAAAAGUUAUACACUUUAAGAGUGGAUGCAAGUAACACUCACCCUGAUCCACGAUUCUUACAACUGGGACCUUUCAAAGACACAGCCAUGGUCAAGAUAUCAGUGGAAGAUAUAGAUGAGCCUCCUGUGUUCAGUAAACGCUCAUACUUGCUAGAAGUCGAUGAAGAUGUGAAGGAGGGUAGCAUCAUUGGGCAGAUCACAGCAUAUGAUCCAGAUGCCAUGAACAAUUUAAUAAAAUAUUCUGUUGAUCGGCAUACUGAUAUGGACCGAAUUUUCAGCAUCCACUCAGAAAAUGGCUCUAUUUUCACCUUGAAGCCCCUUGACCGAGAAUCAUCUCCUUGGCACAACAUUACCAUUACAGCUGCAGAAAUAAAUAACCCAAAACAAAGUAGCCACAUUCCUGUCUUCAUCAGGAUUCUAGAUAUAAAUGACCAUGCUCCGGAAUUUGCCAUGUACUAUGAAACAUUUGUUUGUGAAAAUGCAAAACCUGGGCAGCUGAUUCAGACUGUUAGUGUCAUGGACAAAGAUGACCCACCCCGAGGCCACAAGUUCUUCUUCGAACCAGUGCCAGAAUUUCCGCUCAACCCAAACUUCACCAUUGUAGACAAUAAAGAUAAUACAGCAGGAAUCAUGACUCGAAAAGAUGGGUACAACCGCAACAAAAUGAGCACUUACUUAUUGCCAAUUUUGAUCUUCGAUAACGAUUAUCCGAUUCAAAGCAGCACCGGCACACUCACUAUCCGCGUGUGCGCCUGCGACAGUCAGGGGAACAUGCAGUCCUGCACGGCCGAAGCCUUGAUCCUCUCCGCAGGCCUCAGCACCGGCGCUCUCGUGGCCAUUUUGCUCUGUGUCCUCAUCCUGCUCGUUUUGGUUGUGCUGUUUGCUGCAUUGAAGAGGCAACGAAAAAAGGAACCUCUGAUAAUAUCCAAGGAUGAUGUCCGAGACAACAUUGUGACCUACAAUGAUGAAGGCGGUGGGGAAGAAGACACUCAAGCUUUUGACAUUGGCACACUGAGGAACCCAGAAGCACGGGAAGACAGUAAACUGAGAAGGGAUGUAAUGCCCGAAACUAUUUUUCAGAUACGGAGGACUGUGCCUCUGUGGGAAAAUAUUGAUGUACAAGAUUUUAUCCAUCGAAGAUUAAAAGAAAAUGACUCAGAUCCAAGUGCACCUCCUUAUGAUUCACUGGCAACAUACGCCUAUGAAGGGAACGAUUCCAUAGCGGGUUCCCUCAGCUCUUUAGAAUCUCUCGCAGCCGAUGGUAACCAGGAUUAUGAUUACCUCAGUGACUGGGGGCCUCGGUUUAAAAAACUUGCUGAUAUGUAUGGGGGCGAUGACAGUGAUCGAGACUAG